AGUCUUCACUUCUCUCCGCUCCUCUGUUUCUUUCUCUCUCUCUCUCUCUCUCUCUCUCUGUCUGCUUCUAAAAACCUUCAUUCCAUUCCUACUCUCACCGAAAAUUCCUUGACCAUUUUACCCUCCCCAAAAAUUUCACUAACCAAACAGAACUUUAGCUUGAAGUGCUUACCAUUGUUGUUCUUUCAGAGCUUAAAAAUCAAACUCCAAACUUCAAAGUUCAAGGUUCAAAGCUCAUAACACUUUGCAUUUUGAAAGUAUUUUGCAGUUUUUUACAAACCAAUAAUGUCUGUUGCUACUGCUAAACCGGUUUCCGAAACCCGGUCCAUUCUCGGACCGGCGGGGAACAGAGUUAGGGUUUCGGAAGAACCGAAGCGGAAAUCCGACACCAAUACUAUAAAGAAGCCACAGCGUCCGAGAAAUCCGGUGCCGGUUCCGAAAAUUCCGGAACCGGUCGUGCGGAACAACGGCUCCGUCGACAGCUCGUGCUCCUCGGACUCUUCUUCCAGCGGCGGUUCCUCGGCCAAGAAAUCGGCGAGUUCUACGAAGUCUGUAAGGCGUGUAGGGUUUAAGGCUGCGAAGGUUGUUCCUGAUAACGUUGUUUCGGCUACAUUGUCGCCGCCGAAGAUUUCGGGUCCUCCUAAACGCUGCGAUUGGAUAACAACUCAUUCUGACCCAAAUUAUACUUCUUUCCAUGAUGAGGAAUGGGGGGUUCCAGUUUAUGAUGAUGGGAAACUGUUUGAGCUACUUGUCUUUUCACAAGCAUUAGCAGAAUUAAGCUGGCCAGCAAUUCUUAACAAGAGAGACACAUUCAGGAAACUUUUUGAGAAUUUUGACCCAUCAACCAUCGCACAGUUUACUGAGAAGAAGCUGAUGUCCCUGAAAGUAAAUGGCAGCCUGUUGCUAUCUGAACCAAAGCUCCGUGCAGUUGUAGAAAAUGCUAAACAAAUGCUUAAGGUUCAGCAGGAGUUUGGUUCCUUCAGUAAUUAUUGCUGGAGCUUUGUGAACCACAAGCCAAUAAGAAAUGGAUUUCGUUACGCACGUCAAGUACCUGUCAAGACACCAAAAGCAGACCACAUAAGCAAGGAUUUGAUGCAGAGAGGCUUCCGUUGUGUUGGGCCCACUGUUGUUUAUUCAUUCAUGCAAGUAGCAGGAAUCGUCAAUGACCAUCUCUUAACAUGCUUCAGAUACCAGGAAUGUAAUUCGAAUCUCAAGAAGGAUUUGAAACCCAAGAUUGAGGAUACACAGGUACUGACUGAUGCUCUGGAGAAUACAUGCUAAUGUGUUGCCUGAGCUUUGAUCUUGUCCUGACUAAUCACACAAAUCCAAUUAAUUAGGAAAUUUAUCGUAAGAGAGGCGAAGAGCAAAAAGUCUGCAUAGUGUCGUUUUUAAGUUUUCUUAAAUGCUAUAAAGAAAAAUUCUCCUUUGAUGUUGUUUGAUAGUAAAUGCACCUUCACCUAAGACUUCUCUCAUGUUUAGCUCAUCUUUAUAGUGUUAGGAUACCAUUUGUAAAAAUUCUUGUUAGGGCAGAUGCCAUAAACUUGCUGUUCUCAUCAUUUGGUCUUCUGUAAUUAAGUUCCAUUGUUAUUAUGUUUA